CUGAUCGGCCCAGGAAUCCCCGGUGGUUCCGUCCGUCAUCGGCUUUGACGGCUCCAAUGUUACUCUCUACCCUUAGGCUGUUUUAAUCCAAUGGACUUUGUGGCCGCCCGUGUCGGCAAACUGCUCCUCGUCUGGUGUAAUUUGGAUGAUCUAAACGGGCUUUUUGCGUCUUGUCCAAACGCGGGGAUCUAGAGGCGAAUUAAAGGCCCUAUCUUCAGUCCCCGCAUUCACCUGCUGCUACACCGACAGCCUCAACACGGAAGACCGUCAUGGGCGACACGGGGAGCGAGGGCAGCAAGCCCUCGAGUAACGUCAACGUCGUACCCCCGCGUUGUCCCUGUGGCUUCUGGGGGUCGAGCAAAACUAUGAAUUUGUGCUCCAAAUGUUUUGCAGACAUCCAGAAGAAACAGCCAGAUGGUGCCUCAAAAACCUCAUCAAGCUCCAGCAGUAGCAGCAGCAGCAGCAGCAGUAGCAGCAGCAGCAGCCAAGCAGACAUCUUCUGCAGUGAAACAAAUCCAAACAUCAGUCAGUCUUUCGUAUCGAUGUCAGACACUUCAGAAGAUCCUAUGCCGGGAGACACAGCAGUGACCUCUCUACCUGCUCAGGACGAAGUAUGCAGCACAGACACAGCCUUAACCUCGCUCUCCACUCCUACGAAACGCUCCUUUGAAUCAGCCUCAGAGACAGAAAGUGACAGCUCCCCUGAGAAGCGAGCAAGAGUGGGUGACGUGCCGGAGGCUGAGGAGUCAUCAUCAUUGUCGUUGUCGUCAUCUUCUUGUUCUGCGUCGUCAUCAUCAUCCUUGGCAUCGUUGUCUCGUAGUAGCUCCAAACAGCGGAAUCGCAAACGUUGCCACCGCUGCCAAACCAAACUGGAGCUGGUACAACAAGAGCUGGGCUCCUGUCGCUGUGGUUAUGUCUUUUGUAUGCUUCAUCGACUCCCGGAGCAACACGACUGUCUAUUUGAUCACCUGGGCCGUGGGCGCCAGGAGGCCGUCCUCAAAAUGGUCAAGCUGGACCGCAAGGUCGGCCGCUCCUGCCAGCGCAUCGGCGAAGAAUGCUCCUGAGUGCCCCCAUGCCUCUCAUCAAAAUCUCCACUCAUAAACCCUUGCAGGGAUUUUUCUUUCUUUCUUUUGUACAGGUUUUCAUUUAAAAGGAUGCCUGCUUGCUCUUUUUAAAUCCUAUUUGUCCCAGACGCAUUGUGCUACUGUUGGCUUGAUUGUAUCCCUGCUGCUAACAUGCUUUCGGAAAACCCCAAUCCACAAACAAGAGAACCAGAGAGAGCUGGAAGGACUUUGGGACUUCCUUCCCACCCCCCAAGACUUUACGUGUGAGUGGACUAACAAAUGAGCAGAUGGAUUGGGGGGGCACAUAAGCUUUAUACAAAUGUUCGUCCAGGAUGCCAGUUUCAGAUGAUACCUCAAGUUAAAAAAAAAAAAAAUGAAGAGGAAGAGGAUGGUGUCAGCGUUUUAAGCCUCGUUACCUCAAGAAAUAACCAUCCACAGCCGGAAGGGAGACACGCAAACAUGCCACAUGGAGUCAGUGUCUUAACCUCUAAUAAUAUUCACCAACCAGUUCAUCAUCCACCUCAGGAUAAGGAAGCCCUAUCUGGACCUUUCCACCUUCUGCUUUUCCAUCCAGGAAUUCUGAGGCUCAAGAAAAAAGCUGAGGGAGUCAUCCAUGGGUAUUUUGACUGACAAACACUCAACAUUAUGUCAUGGUUUAUACAAAACAUGUAUCUCCGAUUUCUGUGAGUUUUUUGUUUGUGCAAAAAGACGAAAUAUGAGGAGAUACAUGUUUUUAUGUAAGGUUGUCGUCGCUGUCCAGUGAAAAGCAUUACAGUCGAUCCUCGCUAUUUGUCAGGGCUACCUUCUGACACCACCCGCAAAUAAACGCAGGUAAUUGAGACGCUCAUAAAAAAAUCUUUAUUAAUUGUGACUUCAUUAUACUGCUGCAUUGCGGCGCCAUUGUACGGUACCCCGGCUCGGCCCUCCCCCUCCAAAACCUCCUAUUUACUUGAUGUUGAUGUUCUCAGAUUUUGGAUCAACAUUGCAAUAAAAGUGACUUAUUAGAUUGGCGCUCCGAAACCAUCCCCGUUUCUCUUUGUCAUUUUUUGCUCGCGACAAAGGAAGCUGACGAGAUAAAUGCUCUGAAGCAUCAUACAGCCUUGAGCCCUACAAUAUUACUCACACACUUAUUAAACACAUUUUAAACUGUAAAGUGUAUAGAUACUGGUCGAUAAAACGGAUGGAAUCUGAGUCAUGACUUUGCCUUUGACCUGGUAUUCAGGCUAGCGCUACAACCGCAUUUCCAUCUGUUGUUGGGCCGCACGUGUCUCCCUCUAAAGCAGAAAUUGGUGGUGUUUCGUGGUUGAAUAUAACCUAUUAUUAAUCAAAACAUAUGAAUAUUGAAGCAAAUUGUACAUAUUUUUGCCCAAAUUAGGCAUUUUCAAGCAGAAAAAUGGCAAAAUGAACAAAAAUGGAAAUAUAAGACCUUUAAAAGACACAUUCAAAGACGCUGUGAAAGAUAUGCAGUAUUCUACACUGGUCACCUUCUGUCAGUAAUGUUACUGGAAUGUUCGGCGAGACACACAAACGGCAGACUUGAUCGGCGGAACAACAGGCUUUAAUUGCAAGUUUGAACUAUCUCAGGCACAAUAAUCCCACAUAAAAGUCCGUCAUUAAAACAUGGGCUACUGUUGCUGCACUAACCUAAACUAAAUUGAGCUAAAACUCAACUCUGAACCCCCAGCAUCACUUCCUGUCCAAAAACAAUACACAUGAGCACAAAUCUGAUUGAUGUCUUAAUUACAAGUGUAACGGUGACUAAAUUCAUAGUUUGCACAAAUUGUUAUUGACAUAUUAUUGCCCAUUUUCGGAGAGAAAAAACACAUGGGUGUGUGUGAAAAAAAAUAUUCGCUAAAUGGCGAAGAUGCAGGGAGCCACUGCAUCCAAUUUUUGAGUUUUCUGUUUGGAUCCAAAACACAAAAAUAUGUGGAGAUGCAUGUUUUUCAUUGGGCAGUGACGAUAAAUUAAAAUGUUUGCAUUUUCCCCGUCACCCCUUUUCAUCACAGGUAGAUUAUAUAUAUAUUUUUUGUAUCAUGACAGUUUGCAUUGUACACAUCACACAACAUAUUGAUAGUUUUGUAAAUACACAUUGCCGUUACUUGGACUAAAGUUGAGAUUUUUUCACUCAGCGGCUGGUGGCGGGUUGAGCUUGUUUGGAUUAAUUUUUUUGUUGUUGUUGUGAUGCCUAGGUUACAACCGGUCGAACUCCCGACUCUCACAGGCGGCUCUAUGUGCAAAAAAAUGCAAGAAAUGCACGGAGGGUGCACGUGUGACGUGCUGGUUUUCGAGCCGUAGACUGGCUGCAGACGGGCCGCAGAGGUUCUUUGAAACUCUACGGGCGCUUACGUUUUUUUUCAGGUUACAAGACAAACUUGCCACUUUGCACGUUUUCGUGCGUCGUCCGCACGGCCAGCGUGUGUCUUUCAUACAUUUUUCUGGCAUCAGGUUUGGCACUUGCGGGCUCCUACGUGUGUGGUUCGCCACGUUGGCGAUCUUACUCCAACAUGGUCACCACAACUAAGUCCGGUUGUGACCUAGGCUUUAGUAAUCCAUCUUUUAAAGGUGAUUUCUGUGACUAGAUGCAAUCUUGGGUUUUCUUUCCUCCUCCAGGUACUUAACCGAUUCUUGACAUUUGCCAAUGUUUUGAUUUCCAGCUAAUCCUGAUGACACACACGUUCUAUUCUAAUUGAUUGCUAAUUUUCAGUUACUCACCCUCUUUGGUCCGUCUCCUCUCGAAGAUGAAGUGAGCAAUGACUAAAUAAAUCCUCCUGGGGGGGAAAAAAAAGAACAAUUUCCAAAUGUUAAUUGUAGAUGAAUCGGGCAAGAGUUUAAUGCUAAAGAAGUCAUUUAUUUAACCUUUUUUUUUUGCCUUUUCAGGUGACUUACACUUAAGUGUAGAGCUGUGUAAUUCUGUUGUAAUAUGUUAUACAGUACUUAUUAUCGAGGGAUAAAGAACACAUACAAAUUAUUUUUUGUUGUUCCCAUGGUUUUACAUUUUUCUUUCAUCCUGCUUUUUUUUCUUUUACUGAGAAUAAAACAAGAUUAGACAAAGUUUCUCUUUGAGUAAUUUUUAAUGCAUGAUUCAUUGCUGCCGCAGAGGCUUUUGGGCAUAUAACAAUGGGCACAGAUUUAUUUGGAUUACAUGAAGGAUUA